AUGUCUCUCGCAAAACAGGCUCUUAGCGCAUACCGAGGCUCGCUGCGUGCUACUUCGAUCGCAUUUAACAACGAUGUGGCCAUGCUCCAGGCUGCCCGCACGCAGAUAAAGACAAAGAUGGCUCUUGAAGUCGACCCAGACAUGCCGGACAAGAGUGUUGAGGAACGGAUCAAGCACUUGAACGACGUGUCGCUGUUUUUGAGACGAAACAUUGUGCAGGGAAGAAAGGAGGGGGACGAGGAGAACAAGUAUUUCCUAAAUAUCCACGAGGACACUGAGCUGGGAGACAAUGAUGAUAUUAAGAAGAAAAAAGGCAAGAACUCAUUUGGCGGCGAGAUGGCCAGUGGCGGGUGCUGUGGAGGCGGUGAGAUCAAGAUGAACGAGAGACGGGGGUGA